AAAAACGGGCACGUAUCAGUUCGACGUCAGAGCUGAGAAGCGUCGGAGGAACCGGUCGGACCGGACGGGCUGUGAUUCACCUGCCCAGCUCGGGCAGGUGGCGCCGCUGUACCACGUGAGUCCCUGAACGUGUAAAAAUCACCUCAGCAGGUGAAUCGCCCAGCGAUUCUCCGGAGGAUCAGACGUGUGUUGUAAACCAUGGUUCAGCUGCUGAUUCUGGCCGCGGUGCUUCUGGGGGUCUAUGUGCUCCUCACGAAGACCCUGUUCAAGAGGUCCAAGUGUAAAGGAAACGCAGCGAUGGGUGGGAAGACCGUCAUUAUCACAGGAGGGAACACAGGUAUCGGUAAAGCCACAGCUCUGCACCUGGCCAGGAAGGGGGCCAGGGUGAUCCUGGCCUGCAGAAACAGGGACAAGGCCCAGGCCGCCAUCGCAGACAUACAACAGGAGACAGGAAGCACUGAUGUGCUCUACAUGGAGCUGGAUCUGGCCAGUCUCAAGUCCAUCCGCUGCUUUGCUGAAACGUUCCUGAAAACCGAGUCCAGGCUGGAUCUGCUCAUCAACAACGCUGGGGGGGGGGGGGGGGGCCGAGUGGUCACCGUGUCGUCCAUGGCUCACCGCUGGAAACACAUCGACUUUGAGGCUCUGGCGGCCAACAGAGACCUGGGCACCGGCAGGUACAGCUGGCAGUUCUUCCAGGCCUACUGCAACAGCAAACUGUGCAAUGUGCUGUUCACACACGAGCUCGCCAAGAGGCUGAAGGGAACCAGCGUCACCUGCUACAGCGUCCACCCAGGUAUCGUUCGUACAGAACUGUCCAGACACGUCAGUCUGUGGCAGAGGCUUUUCAUCGAGCCUGUGUCGCGGCUGCUGUUCCUGGACCCGGAGGCCGGAGCUCAGACCACACUGCACUGCGCCCUGCAGGAGGGAAUUGAACCUCUGAGCGGAUGCUACUUCUCCUGCUGUGAAGUUCAGGAAGUGUGCGCCCAGGCUCGAGACAACGCCCUGGCCCAGAAACUGUGGGAGGUCAGCGAGAAACUCUGUAAACUCUAAGGUGGACUGAACACCGAGGAGACUCUGUUUACUCUGUAGUACUAGAAAAAGUACUUGCUCUGUCAGUGAUGUGCAGUACUACUACUACUACUACUACUACUACUACUUGAUAUUAUGGGAUGUUUAUUACUGAUGCAGUAACAUAGUGUUUUAGCUGGUUGAGGUAACGUUAGUUUACAUUCUUUUAUUUUAUUGUAAAUAUGAUGAUGCUUCAUGAACUUCUUGAUAUUUCUUUAAAGUUUCCACAAAGGCAAAUAAUAAAAAAAACCUGAUCAAUAUAAUUAC